AUGGAGGGCCGCUGUGAGUUUUACUCCAGCUCUUCUUACAGCUAUGAUAAUUACUACAUUGAGGUUCACUGUCAUUCCUACGGUAAUCAGUGUAAACUCAAGGUGAAGAGCAACACCUGCUACUGCUGUGACUUAUUCCACUGUGACAGCGUGGACUACCGUGUGCAGUACUAUGAGUUCACGGGUGUGAGCAGCUGCUGGGACGUGGUGAAUCUGUACCGUCUGCUGUGGGCCUGUGUGACGCUCAAUGUGCUCGGCGUGUUUCUGGGCAUCAUCACCGCUGCCGUACUGGGAGCCUUCAAAGACCUGGCUCCUGCGGCUCGCAGUCACAUGACACCCAGUCCGGCUCCGCCCCCUCACAUCCUGUACAACCCCACCCAACACCUGAUCACCUACACCGGCUUCUGCCCCUCCGGACAAACUCUACCCGCCUACCCAAACUACGCGCUGCCCAUGCAGCAUCUGAGCGGUUAUCCAGCUUCGGCUGCAGGUCAGUCCGUCCCCGAGGUCACGACCUCCCCGUCUGACGAGACUCAAGCAGCGUCUCAGAGCGGGACGAAUCCAGUCGUACCGUCUCAAUCCACAUCUCAGGACAGCAGCGGCUACAUGCCGACUCCAAACGCGCCCUCGCUCUACGCUCACUCGUUAGGGCCCUUCGAGAAGCCUCCACCUUACGCCUGCUGAAAGCGCCACCUGAGCCAGGAACCCUGACCUCUGACAGGCGUCUGACCCCUGUGACCUCCACCG